UAUUACAGGCUUAACAUUCUGUUACUUAUUGUCCCCCAGUGUUGUGUUCCUGGGUCAGCUGGGAGGAGCGGGGCCAUGGACACUGAUUUUCCAUGAAAUUUAAGGGGAAAUGUCGUCUCUCUGGAGGAAAUUCCGGAGUGGGAGCAACAGCGUCUCUUCAGAAUCAAGACCCAGAGAAGAAUGGCAGAGGAACCACAGCAGUUCCUCCCAGAGUGGCACUCCUGCUUCCUUCAACUCCGAGUCAUUUGCCCUUGGCCCUGGACACUCCACCGUCACCCGCCACCACAUAACAAAGGCUGAUGAAGAACUGUUUCUCUCAGGUGAUGAGGCCAAGAGGAGUGAUCCGCUACAGGUUCAGGCACAGUUUGUGAAAACUGUCCUGGACAUCCUGCACAGUCCCUCAACACUGCCAUACUUUGUGCAGUUCCUCCAGGGCUGGGGUGCUGACAAGUAUGCACGCUUCUGGCUGGAGGCAAACAGCUUCCGUGCGGCCACCAUCACUCGUGGCGCUCCCCAGACGAGUCCCGCCAGAUCCACCACUCUGACAUCUGAGACUCCAGCAGGUGUUACAGACAGACUCAAGGAGGAGUCACAUCCAAGAAAAGCAAAGACCCACUCAAGGGAUGCACCAAGAGACCUUAUACUGCCAGAUCUAGUGAGCAACAUUCAGUAUGCCAGUGAUGUGACACCCCUUGGUAGCCCUGAGGGUGUGACGCCGGAUGCCCUGACUUGCCACACGCCCAGGCAGGACCUGGGGAGUGAGGUGAAGGAAGACUGUGGUGGUAGUAAUGAUACCAGUGUCAGUGACGAUAAUGUAUUCAGUGUCCAGACAGAACAAACCCUUGCUGAUGAUUCUGGUAGUCCAGAGGACAGCAGACUCAGGGCUCAGAAGCUGCGAAAGAGCAUCAUAGAUGAUGCACUCACCAUUUUCAAGAAGUACCUGGCCAAGAAUGCAGAUUUCCCCUUGGGUGUGGAGGAGGACAUAGUGGAGCUCAUUAGCUGCAGGAUCUCAGCUGUUGAGGACGUUGACCCUGGGUGCUUUGUGCCUGCUCAGGAGGCCGUCAUUGGGAUCCUAGAGAGAGAGUACUUGCCCAAGUUCCUGUCAAGCGACUACUACCUGAAGCACCAGAUUGACGUGCUCACCAGCGGGGCGGUGCGGCUAGCGGACAUCAUAUACAGUGACUCCGCCUUCCCUUACUUCAUGGAGUAUGUGGAACAGGAGGGCGGCCAGAGCAUGCUGCAGUUCUGGGUGGCUGUGUCUAAUUUUCGACAGCAGCUCCUGGAGGCAGACCCACAGACCUAUGACCCUGCCCAAGCUCAGGCUGAUGCUGUGAUCCUCUAUGACAAGUACUUCUCGCUACAGGCCACGUGUCCUCAGGGCUUCAGUGACAAGGUCCGCUUCCUCAUUGAAGGCAAUAUCUGUCCAGAUGAUGGCCUGCAACCCACGUGCUUUGACCUGCCACUCAGAAUUGUGCUGCACAUCCUGGAGAGGGACUUCCUCCCUGGAUACCUCUCAUCCAGCCUUCACAUCAGCUACUUAAGUGAGCUCAUCAAUACCGUCAAGAGCAGUGUGGAGCUUUUUGGACGGAAGAAGCGCACAGGGUCAGAGAGCACCUGCAGCAGUGAGCAGAGCAGCAGUAGUGUCAGCAUCAGCACACAGAACACCUUGCUAGCCAUGGACUCCUCAGCGACACCCUCCUGCCGUGUCAAAAGCCUGGCAGACCCGUCUUCCAUGAGGAUUGACGAGUCGCAGCUCAACGACCCAGACUCACUGUGGCGCCGCAAGACCUUCACGAAACUAAGUUGUGGCUUCAUCAAUGAGCUGGGGCGCUUUGAGGCGGAAAUUGAGCCGCAUCCAUACCACCGCCAACCGUCAUCGGGUCUGCAGAAGAUCCGUCGCUUGAUGGGACGUGAGGAGGACAAGGUGAAGGAGGACAUGGCUUACCAGGUGGCUGAGAUGAUAAUUAAAGGUGUGACGCAGGUGACCCUUGGACCCCAGGGGAAGGGUAUGUCCCUGCCUCCCCCACCACCCCCAUCAUGAUGCACCGCCACGUCCCCAACCCCGGCAGUCUUGCAGGGGGAGGCGGGCAGAUGUGUUUGUAUCGGGUGGUGGAUUGUGGCGUGUCUGGUUGACGCAAAGCUGUGCACGGUAAUGUUAGUAUUUAUACUGAAGAUUUUAUAUAUUGCCUGUAUGAUGAUGAAUCCUCAGUAUGCAGCAUUGGUAUUGUUAUCGUCUAGGUUUUGAAUGAUUUUUAAUUUCGAGAUUUUAGUACAGUACCAUUGUACAGGCUCUUGUUGGGUCUGUGGUUUCCAUGAGGUGUCAAGAAGUAGCCAGGAUUGAUAGGACUAGUUUAGAUACAUUUUAUAGUAAGCUUCACACUCUGUAGCUCACUAUGACAAAGGAAUCCACACAGGAACCUGAUUUAGCUCUAAUGACACAUUCCUGGAUGCACUUGUUGAUUAGAAGGAACAAAACAAAGGCAUUAUUGGUUCAUUGCUGGUACUCAGGGAGGGGUUACAGUGCUCCUGGUCACAUACUCACACACACACUCACUAAACCCUUAUGAAAGUGUUCUUGAGAGGCAUAAUGGGAUGUAGUACUCUGGUUCUUGUAAAUUUAGUUAAUUUGGGCUUGAAAAGUUAUUUGUUCUUGGAAUGAGAUAUAAUCUUUCUUCUUCCUCUGUUGUAUUUUGACUUUUCAUGUAGUGUCCUUCAUUCUAUGUCUCUUCCUUCAAGUCAGAUUUUCUUGGAAGCACUUCAGAAUUUGUCUGUAAUUAUCAUUACUAAUUAUGUUAUUUUUCUUUAUUUAUUUUAUUCGUAUAUACCAUGGUUGUGUAUUAAUUGCAUGUUAAUUUUGUUGUGACAGAGAUGUGCACCCACAUGUGGCUCAUAUUUGGGUGUAAUUUUUUAGGGAAGGAAAGACACCUGAAAGUUGUGUUCAAUGUGUUCACUUUACUUUUCUUUUUAAGUGGGACCAGAAAAGCUCUCCUGAAAUCUUGCAAAGCUGUUUUUCUGGGGGGGGAGACAUGAUUUUGUUUUCAUUUCUGCAAGAGACCAAAAAGGCACCUCAAGCAUCACCCUCCAAGAGGACAUAACCAGUUCACUGUUGAUCUGACACAGGAAUCUCUAUUUUAUUGAUGCUGCUCUUGUGAUAAUCAUUUUACUCUUAAGAUAUAGAUGAAUAUAUAUAUACAUAUAUAUAUAUAUAUAUAUACAAAUGAAUAUAUUGUGUAUAGUAUCUUUUUUUCCACAAAGGUAUACAGGUAAUCUCAUUGCCUCUUUUAGCCUGACAAGAGGCUUACUUAUAACAAAUAGUCAGGCCUUGCUUGUUCUUUUCUACGUGAGUGAUGUGACCUUUCUUUCUGUAAUUCAUGAUUCAGGAAACAAAGAAAUGAGAUGUCAUACAUUUGGAGGUUUGCUCAGACCAGGUUGGCAAAGAGAGGACUUGACUGACUAGAUGAUGAGCAGGAAAGGUGGCAGGGAAACUCAGUGGCAAGACAGUGAAGGGCUAACAGUAUCCACAUGGAGCUUGGUGAUCACAUCUAGCUUACUUGAUAACAUUGGUUUCUUGUGAGUGUCCUGCUACUAUAAGACUGAAACAGAUUUACCACACCAUUAUCUUAGACUUCAGUUGCAGGACAGUCAAGGCUAAACAGUAUAAACCUAGGCAUUGGUGAUCAUUUAAAGUUCAUUCGGUAAUGUUGGUUGGCCUUGUUUGUCCCACUACAAGGCUGAAACAAUGUGUUCUAUUAUCAUAGGCCAUAGUAGUAGGGUAGUCAAGGCCAGACAACAUCCAUGUGGGCCUUAGAGAUCGCUGACAGCUGCCCUGAGUGUUCAUCUACUACAAGACUGAAGCAGGAGUACUGUAUUCUCUUACAUUUCAACCACAAGUCUUCCUUAGAGAGAAUGAUAAAACUAUGUUGUUCUGAGGGUCUGAGCACACAACUUCUAUAGCAAGAUGUUUCAUUUGUCCCAUCUUGGCAAGGUGUGGACAGUUUUAUGUGUGGUGUUAUGGGAAAGAAGGCAUGAUCACCCAUACUUGCGGUGCUGUGUAAGGGAGCACAGCACUGCAUCCAUUGGCACUGUUUGCUGUCUCCCAACGUAGCGUUUAAGGAUCAUUACCUCAUGACUCAUCCUCACUGUCACUGCAUUCUGUUCCUCUUAUCAUCAGGCUUCUCGUUGUGCUGCUAAUCAAAGGGCUGUUUGGCGACUGCCUCUCAUCGGAUCGUGUUGUGCAAUCCUCAUCCUCAUUCAUACCAAACUAAACACAGGCAGUAAU